GUCUCCGUGCUGCGGGGUUUAGGUGGACCGACUACGUCCCACUGGGCAGGAGAAUGCCGGGCACCCGCUUCAUCGCCUUCAAGGUCCCCCUGAAGAAGAGCUUUGAUCAGAACCUUCAUCCAGAGGAGAGAUUUUCGCCUCGUGACCUCAUUAAGAAAAUCAAAGAACAGAAGGAAGAACUGGGCCUGAUCAUUGACCUGACGUACACAACUCGCUACUACAGGCCAGAGGAGCUCCCAGCCACACUCUGCUACUCAAAGAUCAUGACAAUGGGACAUGAAAUACCAAACAGGCACACCAUUUUUCAAUUCAAAUGUGUUGUAAAAAAGUUUUUGAGAGACAACAAAGACAAUGAUAAACUCAUCGGAGUUCAUUGCACGCAUGGCUUAAACAGAACUGGGUAUCUGGUUUGUAGGUACCUGAUUGAUGUUGAAGGCAUGGAGCCAAACACUGCAAUAGAGUGUAUGUACACAUAUUGUUCAACAGGGCUCGAGGGCAUCCUAUAGAGAGAACCAACUAUAUCGAAGAUCUUCAGAAGAGAUCUGUAAAAA